AUAUCAGGCUUUGGAAGUGGCGUUUGGUGCCCUCGAGGUUUUUGUUUCGAUCGCUGGCUUUACACUGAUUGUCUUCAGUGGGGGAUGUCCAAUCUCAACGCUGUUGUGAUAUUCCUGCGGAGCCUACUCGACAAGAUGGCAGCCCCCGAGACGAGCCUUACCUAGAACUGCUCAACGGUGGCGGCGACCCGGACGACAAGCGUCAUUACCAAGAACUUACCAAAUAGGUCAUAGGGUUGAUCUUAACUUUGGAGUACCACAGCCCCCCCCCCAAAAAAAAACACUUGCACAAUAUUAUAUUGUUUAUUGAUUUUUAAGAGAUAUUUUUUCCUUUUCUUUGUAGAUAUAGUGAUGACACAAUAAGAAAACAGGGUGUAGGCAUAUUUCAAAAUAUCUAAUGCAUUUCUCAAAACCGAAUUAAAGUCUACAAGUUUUCAGACCUAAACUAUUUUUGAGAUUUGAAUAAAUUUUUGCAGACGUUACAGGUUUCAGAAAUUCAAAUGAAAUUUUAUAGACCUUUCGAGAUUCAAAUACAUUUUAUUGAAAUCCGAAUGAAAUUUUCCUUAAUGCAUUUCAUCCCAAAUUGCAUUGCAUUUCGUCCAAAUUUAGAACGCAUCUGAAGUUAGAAAUUAUCUGAUCUUUUCAACGCUGUUCUGCCCACUAAAACCCAAAAGUCCGAACCGUUUCUGACUUUGUUAGGCAUGCCCGUACUCAUCUGAAACUCUGGCCUGGUUCCCACUACACUAUAUAAGCCACUGCUCAGCGCCCUAGGCCCCAAACUACUCAAGCGAUUACAGAGUCGUGUGUUGCUGUUGACUGCAAUUAAUGUGCAAAUUCAGUGAAAUUUUUGCCCCCUAUUUUCUGCAACAUUUGACAUCCCUAUUUGGUUAACUGCAUUGAAAAGUGCACUUUUUUAACAUCUUAGACCACCGAAGUCGCUUCUGCUGUGAUGUCGUCCAUGGACGAGAAGGUUAAGUGCAGAAGUCUGUCUGUUAAAAUUGUGAAGCCAGAAUUUACAUACUGAAAACAUUUCAACAAAUUAUGCAUAAGUCAUUAACUUUGAGGUCUUUUUUAGGGAUAACAAUACGGAUUUAUCCCUGCAUAUGGAAAUAAUCAUUACCAUAUACUAACCAAAAGGAACCGGUUAUCCAUUAAAAUAUUAAACGAGCACGGGAAAUGAUGGGAACUGAGACACAAAAGUGCACUCUGGAUUUUGGUGUUUCUAAGAAAUAUUCCAUUGUUGCUUCCCUAUGAGGUCAUUUGCUAUUUUUGGUUGCCCCACAACAUAAGCCUACACAUGACCGAUUUAAUCUGAAAACCCAGUUAAACAUCGGUCAGCUUUUGAGUUAACCAGUAACUUAACAGAAUGCACACCUCCGUCAUACUAAUGCAAAGUGUAAAUAUGUCCAAGAGAAUAAGCAAACCGCGCUGUAAUCGUCAUGGUGACUGACCAAAGUGCAAACGACACGCGCAUAAAAUCAGCGAGAGAUGAAAUUCAUGUUAAUUCAUUGUCGAAACUCAGGAUGUGUUGCUAGCGUGCCAUUUAAAUCUGCUGAGGAUAAAAACCUUGUCAUUUGACGCCAACAUCUGGACAGAGAGGAUUUGGUGAUUAGGAUAUGGCUACAAACUAUAACUAUUCCCCUGGCUGUGGGGUAUGUUUGGGUGUGUUCCAUAUCCUCUUUGGGUUGGGAUCAUGUGCCUGUGGAGUCGCUGCCAUUGUCCUGCAUGCGUAUGUAGCCGAAAUCGCAGUUGGAAUAUGGGCUGGGGUUGUGUUCUACGCGAUAACUGGUAUACUAGCUCUGGCGUCCUCGACAAGAAAUAACAGCGUGAUCACAGCCUAUUAUGUAAUGGCAUUACUGUCAGUCUUCGUGUCUAUGGGUCAGAUGGGGCUAUAUGUAUGGGCCGUGAUAAAUGAAGUGUGGACAUGUUUCGACAGUUUGUACUGGCAGUUCAACGGCAGUUGUACAGAGACACAGAUUCGGGACCUGAUCAUGCACGCUAUUCUCUUGUUGCUUGCAUUUUUGGAAUGGAUUAUUGCCAUGGUAUCGUGCUGCACGGCCUGUACGUGUUGCUUCAAUAAUGACGUAGCACCAACUCAGACUGUCGUGAUUCACAGCAUGCAACAGCCAGUUCUUCAGCCGCUUCCUACGCAAGGUGGACCAGCUGUGGUAAUGCCUCCACCUCAAGCAGAGUAUGUGGGCAGCUACUCAGGGGGAGGUGUACCGACCAACAUUGCUGCCCCACCUGCACCAGGCUACAGCGAGAAGCCACAGUUGCCGCCAUAUCCUGCCGCUGGUGACCCGCUGGUCUACCACAACCCUACCUUCGAUCAGGCGAUGCCUAGCGGGGACAUCUCCGCCCUCCCUCACCCACCCCAAGCUCAAACACAAGCUCAUAACAACGCGACAUACUAUUAAACUACGGCGACAAAGGGGCACUAGGCCUGCAUGUAUGUGGUGGCGGUUUGUAAGGAGUUAUUUUCAAGUUACACAGAAGAUUACUGUAACCAACUUUAGUCCACAUCGAUUUACAAAAUACUUUGGUGUCUAAGAUCGUAAUGAUACCCUGUUUUUGUACUCACCGCUUUAAGCAAUGAGACCAUGUUAUCCGCCCCGAGCUAAAGUGCAGCCCCAAUCGGCGAAAAGAAGACAGGUGGUUACAAGCAGAAUCUUGCACGCGCUCUGUGCGCGUGCACGCAAAGACGAUCCGAUUCGUAAGUGUGACGUAACUACAGUUCAAACCACGGCCACUGCACACGUGCAUUGCACAUAUGGUUAUAUGCAUUGAUCGCCGUUUAUGUGUGGAACCUUGGAACCGGAAGUUCACGCACAACUUCUGCGAUCGUCCAAUGAGAGCCUACGAAUCGUGGCGCGUCCGCCUUUGUGACGAAGUCAC